GCAUGGACACUUCUUAGUUUCUAUUCCUUCCCCUAGAGAUUGCUCCUCUGGGCAUUCAGAUUAGUAGCUUCAGGCUGCUGGAGGGAAUAACACCCACCAACAGUCAUCAGCCACUGGCGUCCUUCCGUGGGAGAAACAUGAUGCUAAUGGUGGUGGUUUCUUCUUCCUGUCCCCAGGAUCCACUUUGGGUCAUUUUUAUGUCUGCUAACAUGCUUUUACACCUUUCUUUUUCUUCACUGGUCUGCAACUUCAGGUUACAUCCGAAUUUACCAUCUAUAGUGCCAUUUACUUAUGUAAGAUACUAUUUCUUUGAUCUCUUUGUUACCCCUAAAAUCAUAAAAUUUUAUCAAGCCAGGUCUGCAUUUAUUUUUUUUUUUAACUAAGCAUCAGUGAGUUGUUUAUAUCCACAGGUGCUCCAGUACCCAACCUGUGCCCCAUCUCUUUGUUAAUGUGUAGCCCUGUAACACAGCAUUGCUGUUGCUAGCAACAGGCCAUAAGCUUUGCACUGAGUUUCCAUGGCCUCGGGACCGAGGCUUGCCAGGCCCACUCUGUUUGAGCUUUCCCUGACCUGCCCGCAGCUUUGUUUUGCUUGGCACAGCUGUGACAGCAAUUCCUUGAAUUUACUGUUUGUAUCAUCUAAUUUGUUUUACUUUCGUUUCUCUGUGCACAGUACAACUGCAGUUGUAUGUAGAGAGCAGCAACAAACAGUUGUUCUAGGUGGGAUGAGGUAUUUAGUACUCUUACACAAUGACAUCAUAGCGUGGAGAAAUACAGGCCUGGUACAACAGCAGAGACCUUGCAAUGUGGAGACAUAAGAUGAAGGAGUGCCGGCAGGGGCGAUAAGACAUUGUGUGAGUGUUAUGUGGAUGACACAAUACCAACAAAACAGGAGCCUAAAGCACGGUAAAAAUUGUGCAAAGAUGCAUCAGCAGAGGCAGGAGGGGGAAAUGACCCUUCCCUAGCCUAUGUGUGAUAACCAGGUCAGUCUAUACUAGCCUGAAACAUUCACCUUAUCAUAGAUGCCUCUGGAUUUGAACAAAGUAAACGCUGGGAGCUAUUAGGAGCUGUUGCCACAUUCUCCACAACACAAUGUAAUGCAUGGCACAGAGCCAGGCUGAAAAAAGCAGCUUGGUGACUCUGAAGUUUCUAUUUCCCUGCCGGCAGUUGUUUCAGCUUCUUUGGCAGAUUCAGACAUAAGCUGAAGUUUCACUUUCUGGUUCCCAUUAAAUUACUCACAGAUCACAUGAGGGCCAGAGCACAUAAAAGGGAAGUUGUAACAACAGUGAGCAGCACUCCAUUGGCUUUGAAGCUACCUUAAGACAAGUGAGCAGAGAAGGCAAACCAUGAGUACCAUUUCCAAGAAUUCCUUGAAGAGCUCCCUGCUGCAGCUAGAAUGUCAUUUUACAUGGACUUUGCUGAAGCAGGAUGUGGAUCUUGAUGACCUAGAGGAAACAAUAGGCGAUCAGAUCGAGUAUUUCAUAAAAUCCAACAUCACAAAUUAUAAUCUCCUAUCCUAUGUAUGCCACCUAAAGAAUUCAAAUGAGGAAGCCCUGAGAAAUCUCCAAAAAGCUGAAGAAGAAGUUAAAAAAAAUCAUCCAGAUGAAAUUGCCAGGAGAAGUCUUGUUACCUGGGGGAACUAUGCCUGGAUCUAUUACCACAUGGAGAGAUACGAAGAAGCUCAAGCUUAUGUAAGCAAAGUGAAAAACAGCUGCAAAAAGCUUUCAAGUACUGCUCAACAGAAGAUUCAGCUUCCAGAGAUCUAUGCUGAGCAAGGAUGGGCAUUAUUAAAGUUUGGGGGAAAGUACUACAAGAGAGCAAAGAAUUGCUUUGAAAAUGCUCUGAAGAAUGAACCCAAUAACCCGGAAUUUAAUGCCGGCUAUGCAAUAGCAAUGUAUCGUUUGGAAGAUUUUUCUUACAGACUAUGCCAAGAUUUAGGCCCGUCCCUCAAGCCCCUGGAGCGUGCAGUGGAACUGAAUCCAAAGGAUACUUUCAUUAUGGCAUUACUUGCAUUAAAACUUCAGGACUUAAAGCGAGUUGAUGAAGGGGAGAGGUACAUUGAAGAAGCAAUGCAGAAAACCCCCAAUCUUCCUUAUUUCCUGCGAUAUGCUGCUAAAUUUUACAGAAGGAAAGGAGAAGUGGACAAGGCACUGAAGAUUUUGAAAAAGGCCCUAGCAGUGACACCAAAAUCCGCCUUUUUGCAUCAUCAACUAGGUCUCUGCUACAGAACAAAGCUGUUUCAACUGAAAAAGACUACAAGAUAUCCACCUCAAGAACAAGUGGAGGAACUCAUCCGACUUUCCAUUUUUCAUUUUAAAACAGUGACUGACCAAAAGACAAAAUUUUUUACUGCCCAUACCGACCUAGCAAACAUGUACGCACAAGCAAAGAGGUAUGAAGAAGCAGAAGAGACAUUUCAGAAAGCAUUUCAGAUAAAUAUUCUAAGCUGUGUCGAUAAACAACACUUCUACUAUAAUUAUGGCAAUUAUCAGCGUUUUCAUAUGAAAUCAGAAUCUGAAGCCAUUAGGUAUUACACAGAAGGGCUGAAAAUUGAAGAAGAUUCUUAUCCAAGAAAACAGUGCGGAAAUGCUCUGAAGAAAUUGUUGGAACAGAGAAUUCAGGAAGGUUUAGGUGGUGCCGCAGAUUUUGCUACACUUGGACUAGUUCACAAUCUAAAUGGUGAGACACAUGAAGCAACUGAGUGCUAUGAGAAAGCCAUUACAUUGUGUCCUGACAAUGAAGAAUAUCUGAGUGCAUUAUGUGAGCUACGACUUUCCAUCUCAAGCUAAAGUUCCCCAAAAUCCUUCACAGCAAAAAAAUCCCCAAACUGAAGGACAUUUCAACAGACUCUCAAAACUUUUUUUUUUUUUUUUUUUAAGGUUGAAGUUAUAACCAGAUGAAACAUCUGGCAGCAUCACUUUCUGGUGAUAAUGUAGAAACUGCAGAUGAUUGUUCGUUUGUUUGUUCAUUCACCAACAGAGAGCGUGCUUGCAAAGACUAACUAAUAGCUAAGCUAGCUUAGUUUUCAGUGCUAACGCUGGUAAAAAGGUUGUGUUUAAGUGAUGAUCUGUAGAACACAGAACUUCUAGGCUGGAAAUCAGAUCUUACCUUCUACUGAAAAAAAGAUAAGGGAAUCAUAUUCUACUAUUUCCUUUAUCCACUUGAAAGGCAUGCUUAUACACAAAUAGAAAUUAUGAUGCUUUUUCAAAUAUUUAAAAAAUGUCAUCUUUUAGUGUUAUUUAGAAAAAACUUUUGUUGAAGACUUGUUCAGUUUAUCACCUUGUAUGUUGUUUAACUACGAAAAAUAACCACUGUUUGACUAGUUCACUGGAAUGCUUACAAAAUGUGUGUUAUUGUUGUGAACUACUAAAGAGCAUUGCAUCCAUCAA